UAAAAUAACUCUUCCUCGGUAUCCUCCUGAAAUCAGCUAUGUGCUGUGUUUUACUCAAUGAUGUCUUCUGCCGUGGUGGAGCAUGUUGUCGCGGAUGCUGGAGCUUUUUUGAAGAAGGCGCCGUUGCAGGACUUUGGGAAGAAUAUCUACACAGUGAAAGAGGUGGUGAAUGAAAUCCGGGACAAACAGACCAGGAACAGUUUGGCGUUCCUGCCGUAUCAACUGCAGUUUAAGGAGCCCCUUCCCGAAUUCAUUCAAAUUGUGACUGAAUUCUCCAAAAAGACCGGAGACUACCCAAGCCUCUCGGCGACGGACAUUAAAGUGCUGGCUCUGACCUACCAGCUGGAGUCGGAGGUCCUUGGCGUCGCCCACCUCAAGACAGAACCAGAAGUGAAAGUCGAAGUGUGCAGCACCUGGAGACACCCAGAGGCACCCGUCAACAUUGCUGGAUUCCACAUCCCGUCUAAGAAAGGUACUUCAGACAAGAAUGUAGGAGUCAGACCAAAUUGCUCCAAGUCACAGAAUUCCAGCUCCCCAGACGAUGCCCAGUUCAACUCCUUCCAGUUCUGGAGAAGCCCCUUGCCCAGCAUUGAAGCUGACUUGCUGGAGUUACUGAACGCCGAGACGGUCUCAGCCGCGUGCAGUUCAGCGGGAGCGACUGUCGAUGAGCUGCAGCCUGCGCCCGUCUCCGCGGAUCAGUGCUGCGGGGAGUCCCGGACAGCGGGGAGCGUGGGAGAGGAGGAGGAGGCGGAGAGUGGCUCAGAGGAAGAGGAAAGUGGAGACGGAGGCUGGAUCACUCCCAGGAACAUCAGACAGGUCCAGCUCAACAUGGGAGUCCAGCAGGCUCCAGGCGAAGUGAGAGUGGGCUGCCUGACCACAGACUUCGCCAUGCAGAACGUUCUCAUUCAGAUUGGGCUGCACGUGCUGUCGGUCAAUGGAAUGGUCAUCAGGCAAACCAGGAGCUACACAUUGCGCUGCCACGCCUGCUUUAAGAGCACGACGAACAUGACCAAAGUGUUCUGUCCACACUGCGGGAAUAAGACCUUGAAGAAAGUGGCAGUAACGGUCAACGAAGAUGGCACCCUACAGAUGCACCUGUCCAAGAACCCCAAAGUGCUGAACCCCAGGGGGCUGAAGUACUCCCUGCCCCUGCCACAAGGGGGCAAACACGGCAACAACCCCCACCUGGUGGAGGACCAGCGCUUCCCCCAGCAGCGGCUGUCGCGCAAGGCCCGGCAGAAGACCGACGUCUUCGACCCAGACUACGUGGCGGGCGCCUCCCCCUUCGCCGAGAACGACAUCUACAGCCGCGCGGCGGGGCUGCACCUGCGGGACGAGCAGGCCGGCGGCGGCAGGCGGCGCACCAACCCCAACGCAGCCAGGAAGAAACUUGUCAAGAGGAGAUGAAGCCGGCGCUUGGCCGGCACCGAUCACGGAGAGCGCCGCUGCACGCGUAUCUGAUGAGGAUUCGUGGCUGGCAAGGGGUCAGGGGUCAGGGGUCAGAGUAUUUCCUACCCUCAGCUCCUUCCUCCUGGGUCUCUCUUCUAGUCGGGCUCCAUUAAUGACCUUUCUGAAGAGUGACCCAUGUGACAGUGGCUGAUUCAUUCGUGUCUGCCUGGCAUGAGUGAACGAGUGACAGCACGUGUUAGGCUGGUAUGAUUUCAUAAGUCUAUUUAAAAAAAAAAUGUAGGAAUGUAAAAUCAGAGUUCUGUGACGAGUUCAGAUCUGCUUUGUAACAACCCAAGCUGGUGCCUCUCUUUUGAUGCUGCUCCUGAAAUGAUGCUCCAUCCAGGACUUCAAUUGGCUGUUAGAAGACAGUAGACUUUUUCAGGUCUCCUUUCAAAUAGUUUUAAAAAUAAAUUGUUGAGUAAUAUUAGACUUCACACUCUGCUCUUUUAUCUUAAAGUAAUGCAUUUUGUUUAACUAUUACAAUAUUUAAGAAUUUGCAUGUUUUGUAUAGUGUUGGUAUAAUCAGCAGGGAUUUGAAUUCACUGUCCAAUACUGAUGGUACAAAUAGCUCAACAGUAUCUGAGUAAGACCACUACUGCCAGCAAUGUACUCAUAAAUAAAUUUAUUCUUUAUAUUACA